GUCCGGCGCCCGUCGAAGCUGGGAGUGCGAGAGGGCGCUGCACUCUCACUCACUCCGUUACUCCGUUCAGUGAGAAGGCGUGCGCAGUGCGCUGGAAGAUUGUUUGUUUUGGUUUUGGUUUCGUGUUGGGGCUUUUUUUGGAGGAGAGGAGAUAAAAUUAAGUGGACACAAUGUUUGAGGAAUUGGUUCUAUUCGAUGAUGAAGAAGAGGCAAUGAUGUUAAUGGCUGCGAUUGACGACGUCUCUGACAAUGAUUCUGAUGGAGGCAAAGAGGAAGUCGUGAGCGUGGAUGCUGAAGGAUUUCGGAGAAUGAGUAAUGCUUCUUUCAAAGCAAAUUUUAGGAUGGAUAGAGUUGUUUUUCAGAAUCUAAUUGUUGCAGUAGGUCUGCAGAUGCGAAGAACCAACAGGUUGCAGAGGCUACGUACCCCUGUCGACCAAAUCCUAAUGAUGGGUCUGUGGCCACUGUUUAACCCAGACACUUUCAGAAGUUCGGGUUUGCACUUUGAGAAAAAGCGUGUAGCAUCCACGACCAUUACAAACUUAUUAUUAAGGUGUUAA